AUGCAUCCGUGCAAGCCAACCUCGGCUGGGGUUUCGCUAUUGCUUUGUCGGUUUAUUCAGCUUGGAAAACAUCAGAUACCUGAGCGGUUUGGAACAACUGCAGUGCAGAUUUGUCAAUUUGUAAUAAGCACAGAUGAACGAGGAGGACAUGUAAAUCCUGCAGUAACAGCGGUUCUGUAUAUUUUGGGCAAAAUUUCUUUCACUCAUUCACUGCUGUACUGUGUCGCUCAAACAUUGGGAGCUGCAGUUGGUGCUGCUCUAUCAUACAUAGUUUAUGUUGAAGCAAUUAAUGAUUUUGAUGGGGGCACUCGAUCUGUAUUUGGAACUAAUACAAGUACUGGUAUGAUUUUCGCAUCAUUUCCGGGACCACAUCUUUCUAAUACUGGCGCUUUUAUUGACCAGAUGGCUGGUACGGGACUUCUUGGUCUAUUUGUGGCAUUCUUCUGUGAACAAAGAAACCAAAUUCCAUCGUAUCUACAGCCGUCGUUCUUUGGUAUGAUUGCAGCGAUGGUUGGUGUCAGCUAUAGCAUGAAUAUGGGGUCUCCAAUAAAUCCUGCUAGCGAUUUGGGUCCACGAAUUUUCGGUGCCAUGUUUGGUUACGGAAUGGAAAUGUUCACGUACCAAAAUUACUUCUUCUGGGUACCUGUAGUUGCUCCAUUGGUUGGUGCAGUCAUAGGGGCUUAUUCCUACGUGAUUUUUAUUGGGUUACAUAUACCAGAACCAGCACAACCUCAUAUAGAGUCAAACGAGGAACUAAAGCCCUUAUCGUAA